GAGUGUAGCUGCCACUUUAACUGACAUGUCUUAAAUUCUGCCCUGGGAAGCUCUGGGAUGCUGUCAGCUGCCUCGACAACUACUUUGGUUGUGCCUGAUAAUUGAGAGUCUCUCUGGAGCCCAAGGAGUAAAACAGAAAUUGAGGAUUUUUGUUGGCUUUUAAAUUGAGGAUUGUCUCUUCUUUUUGUUGGCUUAAAAAAAAAUCUGGUAGAAGAGAGGGAAAGAUAUCUUCAUAGUGGGAGUACAUUCAUUCCUCCAAAGUUACAGCUGCUCUAAAUCUUUCGCCGUCAGCCAAGAUGGAUCUCAAGAGUGGCCUGGAAGAAUGUGCCGUGGCAUUGAACUUAUUUCUAAAUAACAAAUUUACAGACGCCUUAGAAUUGCUUCGUCCAUGGGCGAAGGAGAGUAUGUACCAUGCCUUGGGCUACAGCACCAUUGUGGUGUUGCAGGCUGUCAUGACCUUCGAGCAGCAGGACAUCCAGAAGGGCAUUUCGGCUAUGAAGGAUGCUUUGCAAACCUGCCAAAAAUACAGGAAAAAAGUCACGGUUGUAGAAUCCUUCUCAAGUCUUCUCUCCAGAGGAUCACUGGAACAGCUGAGUGAAGAGGAAAUGCAUGCCGAAAUCUGUUAUGCCGAGUGUCUCCUACAGAAAGCAGCCCUCACGUUUGUGCAGGAUGAAAAUAUGAUCAACUUCAUCAAAGGUGGACUCAAAAUUAGAACAAGUUACCAAAUAUACAAAGAAUGUCUUUCUACUCUUCAUGAAAUUCAGAAGAACAAACUUGAGCAGGAAUUCUUCUAUGAGUUUGAAGGGGGUGUCAAGCUUGGCACUGGAGCCUUUAAUUUGAUGCUGUCCCUUUUACCAGCAAGGAUUAUCAGACUACUAGAAUUUAUUGGAUUUUCUGGAAAUAGGGAGUUGGGGCUCCUGCAGUUACGAGAAGGUGCAUCAGGAAGAAGCAUGAGGUCUCCACUGUGUUGCUUGACCAUCCUUGCUUUUCAUACCUACAUCUCCCUAAUCCUUGGUACAGGAGAAGUGAAUGUUGUGGAAGCAGAGCGUCUCCUUGCACCCUUCCUCCAGCAGUUUCCAAAUGGCUCACUCAUGCUGUUUUAUCAUGCCCGAAUAGAGCUGCUGAAAGGGAAUAUUGAAGAGGCACAAGAGAUAUUUCGAAAAUGCGUUUCAGUUCAAGAAGAAUGGAAACAGUUUCACCAUCUUUGUUACUGGGAGCUCAUGUGGAUUUAUGUCUUCCAACAAAACUGGAUGCUGGCAUAUUACUACUCAGAUCUGCUUUGCAAAGAGAGUAAAUGGUCCAAGGCAACAUACGUGUUCUUGAAAGCUGCGAUUUUGAGUAUGCUUCCAGAGGAGGACGUAGAAGCAACUAAUGAGAAUGUGACAGCUUUAUUCAGACAGGUGGAGAGCUUGAAGCAGAGAAUUGCUGGAAAAUCUCUCCCUACUGAGAAGUUUGCUGUGAGGAAGGCUCGGCGUUACUCUCCCUCCUUGCCAGCGCCCGUGAAGCUCGUCUUGCCUGCCCUGGAAAUGAUGUAUGUGUGGAAUGGUUUUUCAAUAGUGAGCAAAAGAAAAGACCUUUCUGAAAAUCUGUUGGUAACUGUUGAAAAGGCUGAGACAGCUCUACAAAACACAAAUUUUAAUGACUUCUCUGUGGACGACGAGUGCUUAGUGAAGCUUCUGAAGGGUUGCUGCCUCAAGAACUUACAACGGCCCCUGCAAGCCGAACUGUGUUUCAAUUAUGUUGUAGAAAGUGAAAAGCUACUGAAGUAUGACCACUACUUAGUGCCAUUUACUCUGUUUGAGUUGGCGUUUUUGUAUAAAAGCCAGGGGGAAAUUGACAAGGCCAUAAAGGUCUUAGAAACUGCAAGGAACAACUACAAAGAUUACUCCUUGGAGUCCAGACUGCACUUCAGAAUUCAGGCAGCUCUUCACCUCUGGAGAAAACCUUCCUCAGAUUGAUCAGAACUUGAAGGAUGGGAUUAGCAUGGGCAUCUCCUACAGAUUAGACCUUCUAUUAAAGUGGAAAUGUGCUCUUGUGAAUCAGAGACAAGAAACAAUUUUAUUGUCAAUAUUUUCUAUCAUCUGAGUGGUUUACAGUUGGUCUACAUAAUUUUUUUUCCUAUCAAAUGAUGUUCAGUACUAUCUAAAAAAACUCUUAUAUUUUGCCUCUCCAAAAAGAAUUUCAUAUUGGAUUUGAACUGGGGUGUAAAGAAAUCUUUUAAAAGACUCACAGGUACAAUAAAGUCUAAUUAGAUUAUUUAUUUUUUUAAUGUGGAAAUUAGUAUUGUUUAAGUAGCAAAUAACUUACAGGGUGAGCCAUUUUUUAGAUUUGUUGGUCAUUAAACUUCAGAGAUGUUUUGGUGCCUUGUACUUAAAUUUCAGAGGGCAAAUAAUCAUCCCAUACAUUUAAAAUGACAAUGACCUUCUGAAGUUUUCUGAGAGCAUUCACUGGGUUGGGAUAUAGUGUACUUCAUAGGUUGAAGAGACCUGUAUCUAUAAAGGAUGAUGAAAUGUUAAGUUAUUGAUCUUUUUACUCUGCAUGUUGGCUAAAAGUGGUGACAUUUUUGGAAGACUAUCCUGUUUUUGAAUGUACUUAGGUCUAUUAUACCAACAAAGUUCAAAAAACUCUAUGUAUCUAAAGGGAAGAAAGUGUCAUAUUUUAGGAACCAUCCUUAACCUUGGCAAUGAGAGCCUCAAAUACAUACGUUAAUUGUGUUUCUUAUAGGAAGCAAAGUCCCUGCUGCUUUAAAUGACAUGUAAAAUAUUAAUAGUUUUUACACUUAAGAUAUUGGUGAGGUCUAAUUUUCUAAUCUCUAGCACUGUGAUGGUUCCUUGUAAAUAUUUGAACCGUGAUUAGUGCUUUUAACUGAGAAACAGAACAUGGAGUGGAAGAGAGCUGGACUCUGUCUGGUCUUGGUUGGAAGUUCACCGGGUGACCAUUAGGGAGUUCCCCAUGCCCUGUGCGUCACCAUAUUUUCUUCAUCUGUGAAGCGGAAAAAGAACAGAUGACUUUCAAAGGCUUUUUCAGUUUUGUAAGUCUGUGUGUUACGCAUUUGUUUUCACCAAAACACGUUAAAGUGUUAAAUCCAAACC